UAGGAAUGGGUAGUGGAGAACAGAAAAGCAUAGUUAAAUGUAAUAUUGGACAUAGUAAGCCGGUAUUUCUGUGUAGUUUGUUUCCUGAUAAGGCAGAGUGUUGUCAACUCAAUUUGGAAUUCGAGGAAUCUGUUGAAGUCGUUUUCUCCGUUAUUGGCCCUCGAGCUGUUCAUCUUACUGGUUACUAUCUGGGCUCUUCUUCCCUUGAUCGUUAUCACAGUGAUGGAUCAGAACCCUAUGGAGAAGAUAUUGCAGACACCGAAACAGAACGUGUCAAGAGUAGUGAAAAAAGUGAGUAUGGCGGUAGUUUUAUUGACGAUGAUGAUGAUCCACAAGUCUUCUCAUCUUCUGAAGAAUCUCCUGCUGGGUUUGGAUCAAAUGAAGAAAUGCGGGGCUUAAAGUUUAAGGGUCGCAUAGGAAAGCGUAGGAGGCUUGGGAAAAAGUACCAGAAAAGUGAAUCUGAUAAUGGAAAUUAUCAGCAAAAGGAUUUCAUCAAUGGUGUUUCUCCUAGGGAACUAUUUGACAGUGAAACUGAAAAUGCAUUGCCUAUUUCCUCACUGUUUUCAGGAAAAUGCGCAUCAAAGAGCGGAAAAGACGAUAUAGGAGGAGAAUCUAGGAAAGAAACUGGUAACCAUAACAAUAAUGAGAUUGAAGAUAAUGCUACCAUGUUAGAAGGAAUUAAUGGUGUUCAACUUGAAUGUAAAUCAGGGAUUAGGAAUGUGGAUAAGCUUGAAGAGCUGGUAAGGGAGGAAAGAUUACCGGAAGCUGAUCAUUGUGUGGUUGAAAAAGUGGUAUUGGAGCAAAAUGACCAAAAUCAAAAGCUGGCCAGUAAUGAGAUAUGUCAAUCUGAUAAUCCGUUGUUGACACCCAGUGAAGUGGGUACUGUCGAUGGAGCUAAGCUAAUUCGGAAAAGAAAGGAACACUUUGAAGACAAUGAUACCAAAGGGGAUGAGGUCUCGAAAAAUGGUUCGAAUUUAAAUUCCGUGAUCGAGGAUGUACUUAUGGAGGAUAAGGAAACCCAAACUCAUGUUAAUGAUAAUCAUUCUAAGAAGAGGAAAAAUAAGAAAAGAUUCAAGGAUGAGGGAGAGCAGGAUGGUACGAAGAUGGAACCACCAGCCCCUGAAAAGGAGCAAUCUGUUGACUUGAAUGACAAGAAUACUAAUGACCAGGAAAUUCAGCUGUCGAAUGGAAUUAUGAUUGAAGAGUUAGAAAAGGGAAAACCAAAUGGGAAAAUAGCUUCUUGGUAA